AUGACAGUAUGUGAUGCCGAGAUUAGGGCUUUGAGAUGCAUAAAUUCAUUCUUGGAAGUUUUUGGUACAAACAUAAAUGAUUUUGGUCUGGUAGAUUUUGAUGUAAUUGUGAAUGAUGCUGAUGUGUUAGCAAACAUGAUUUUAGAAGAGACUACAAAUAUUAAUAUUCAGUUUUUUUUUAUUGAUGGUCCAGGAGGUACUGGAAAAAAUUUUCUGUACAAGUCAUUACUUGCUGCAAUACGAUCUCGACAACUUAUUGCAUUAGCAACAUCGUCAUCGGGAGUGGCUGCUUCUUUAUUGCCGGGUGGGAGAACUGGUCAUUCACGUUUUAAAAUCCCACUUCAAGCAAGUUCUGAUAUGCGGUGUUCAGUAAGUAAACAAUCAUCACUUUGUCAACUUUUACAAAUGACAAAGCUAAUUGUGUGGGAUGAAGCACCGAUGAUUAAUAGAUGUGCUUUUGAAACUUUGGAUAAAAUGUUAAAAGAUAUUACUGAAUGUGAAUUGCCAUUUGGUGGAAAGGUUGUUGUGUUCGGAGGAGAUUUUCGACAAGUGUUGCCAGUAGUACAAAGAAGAACAAAAGAUGAUAUCAUGAAGGCCAGUUUAGUUUUUUCAGAUUUAUGGCAAUAUUUUAUACAACUACCAUUGACUGAGAAUAUGAGAACUAAAUUAGAUCCUUUGUUCUGUGAAUAUUUACUUAGAAUUGGAAAUGGAAUAGAAAGAGAACAUACAUGUCACAUGAUUAAGCUUCCUGCAGAUAUAAUAAUAGAUUUUGAGAGUGAAUUUGAAUCAUUGAAAAAACUAAUUGCUAUUGUGUUUCCUAAUUUUCACACAUAUGGUGACAAUUUGAAUACUAUGAUGAACAGAGUUAUUUUGACUCCAAAAAAUGAACAUGUGGAUAAGGUCACUGAUAAGAUACGAGAAGAAAGGAUAAAAAACACAAGUUUAUUACAUAAUAUUUCAAUCAGUAGAUUCUGA